ACUGGUCCUUCCCUUAGCGGAUCCAGCAUUCCCACCUGGGAACCCGCCCGGAGCUGAUCGGAGUUUCCAGAGCACUCUCUGUGCGCCUCCUGGUCGGAGGGGUCAUCCUGGCUGUUCUGGAAAGCGGCGGGAAGAAGAGGGUCGAGAGAGGGGUGUCUCAGGACUCCACACGUGACCUUUCACUUACUCCCCCGCUUUCAUCAGAUGCCCAGCUCAGCUAAAUGGCCUCCAUCUGCUCCGGGUCUCUUGAUGGAGUCGAGUACUCUCUGCGCAAGGAGAAGGGGCUCGUGAAGAUGACCAUGCCCGCGACCCUCGCUCUCUGCGCCCUGUCGCUGCUGUGGCAGCGGGAGGCGCUCGCCCUCUCCGACCUCCUGCGUUUUGUCGAAGAGGGCCAUAUCCCUUACGUAAAUGCUUUUGAGCAUUUUCCGGAAGAGAUGAGACUGUACGGGCGCGACAAAGGAAUCUUUGCUAUAGAGUCGUGGCCCAGCUACGAGGACGUCUACAGGCAGAUGAUUGACGUCGCCACCUUCCUGGACCUGCCUCGCUUCCCGGCCAUCACGGAGGACUGCUACCUCCACCCGAACAUCCUGUGUCGGAAGUACUUGAUGGAAGUCAACCUUCCCGACGAGAUGUACGAUUUCACCUGCCAGGUGGUGAAGAUGGCUGGCAUCGGAGACGUGGACUUUCUGACAUUCGACCCCAUAGCCAGGAAGGGAAGGACUGUGAAGUAUGACGUGCAGGCGGUGGCCGUCAUUGUGACAGUGUUGAAGCUGCUCUUCUUGUUGGAUGACAACGUAGAGUGGUCUUUGUCUGCUAUUGCUGAGACAUACAACGAAGAGAACAAAGAAGAUAAGCCAUGUUUUGAUUUCAGAAAAUGGUACCAAGUUAUGAAGAAGUCUUUUGAUGAGAAAAAACAAAAAUGGGAGGCAGCCAGGGCAAAGUUCGUGUGGAAAAGCAAGAAGCCACUCUACCACUCGCCCAUCGACAGAUCAGUGGUGUAUAAGCGAAGGGAGAUGGUGGUGAAUCUACAAAAACAGUUUAGCACACUGGUUGACUCAACACCAACUGCUCCAAAGAACAGCCCUUCAAGUUUUCAGUUCAGCUGGACUGAAGAAGUCACCGGAGGAACCUGUUUCCAUGGACACAGCCUCCAGGGCAUCCUGUACAAGAAAGGCCAGUCAGUGAGGACCAUGAACUCACUCUACUGGCUCAGUACACAGAAAUUCUGUAAAAGCAACUGUAAACAUGUGACAACCUAUGAAGAAUCCAAUUUCUCACUGACUUACCAGUUUAUAAUCAAUCUCUUCUCCUUCCUGCUAAGAAUAAAGACCUACUCCGUCCACGAAGAAGUGAGCUUAAUUGAAAAGAGACUUUUUAAAACGAAAUACAGUACAGCAAAAACGAAAUCUUCAGGAACCAGGAAAGUGAGAAAAUGAGAAAAAUAAAAUAGAAACUUCCUAGGGAAAAUAUUUUAAUAGUGACAAUAAUGUCAAAUUGUAAUGUAACAUUCCAGAGAAGUGUGGAAAAUAGAAUUUUUUUGGCCUAUAUAUCCAUACAUAGAUAGGCAUACCUAUAGUACAUCUAUGUGUCGAUUGUGCUCAUGAAGUGUAUAUAAAUGAGCUUUGAGUUUAUUUUUUUAAUUAAAAAUAUUUUUGAGAAAAUUAAAAAGCAAUGUUACAUAAAUGGUAUCCAGAUAUUUCUAUUCAUUGUAUUUGAGAGCUAAAUUUGCUUUUUAAGCUAGAUCGCUUCCUUACUCUCUAUGUCCCAAAGGAAAUCCAGAUGGAUCAAAGGUCACACUCUCUCAUAGUUUAUAAGUAUUAGGAGAAAACCAGUCCGAAGGCUUUGGUGAUCUUGGGACAGUGAAGGGCUUCCUAAGCCUGAAAACCAGAGGCAGAAGGCAAGACUGAUCAUGUGACUACAGUCCAAGGCAGUGGGAAACUGGGAAGAGAAAUUGGUAGCGUUUGAAGGAAUGAUUGCCUGAAUGGAUCAAUAACCCUUUUAAAGCACUAGCGGUGUGACAGGCUGAGCAGGAGAUAUGAAAAGAUCGCCUUUGGAAAAAAGGUAACAGGAAGCCCAGCCUCACGCCUGCUCCAGAGACACGCUACCUGACGGCCAUGUCCUUCCAGGGCGGCUCAGGCGUACUCGCCACUAGACUUGCGAUCUCUGCUGACUUGGGUGGAAUCUCUUUUAUGAACGAAUCUCAUCUAUCUUUUUAAAUUGAAUUCCAUGCCACUGCAGUGAACAUAACUUUACCGCUGUGGUGAGAUUGCACAUGGUCUCAGACCCGGUAAGUAUUGUGAGCGCGAAGGCAGAGGCUUCUGGGGCUACAAACAGAAGGCAGAGAUCCUUGCGGGGGAAAGAGAGCCUUUACAUGUUUCAGGUCUCAG